GCUCGGCUGGCUGCGGGGCGGACCACCCGGCAGCCGCCGCCGCUGCCCGCCUAACCCGCCACAACUGCCGCUGCCCGCGCUUCGCCGCGUGUGUCUUCGCACCGCGGCCGCCCCCGCCGCCCGGUGGGCCCCCUGCACCCGCGAAGUCGCUCCUGGCGGGCUGACCCUGCCGCCGCUGCGGCGACCUCCGGACCAACAGUCACUCCCUCGGGGGGCGGCACGGCCCUCGCCGGCUAAGCAGCCACCCCUCGGCCGCCCGAACGCCCGGCUCCGACCGCGAACGCCGGAUCGACUCCAGGAGCAGCGACUGCCCAGCGCCCGGCGGCGGAGCGGAGGCGGCCGCGCCCCACCACCGCGCCCGGCGGCUCUCCGGCCGGGCGGCUCCCGCCCUCGCCACCGCCCUCGCUCCGAGCCUUCGGCGCCACGAGGCCGCCCCGCGCCUGCAGGUAGAGGACCCCGGCCGCGGACCCUGAGGAGGCGCAAGACGGCGGCGGCCGAGUGACGGGCGGACCCCGAGCCUUCCCGACGCUCCGCUCCGAGGACGCGCCGGCCGACUGCCUGGGGCGGCGCGGGGACGACCGCGGAGCCGGCGCGGGUGGUUCUCGGUGGUUGCGUAACGCCCGCUUCCCUCGGGCAUCGCUGCGGGGGAGUGUCCGCCGCUGUCCUCAGCCCCCGGGCACAGGGAGCCGCUCUCCCCCGUGUCUGUAGGGUUGGGCCCCAGGUAGUCGGGAAGAUGGCGAUGACCCUGCUGGAAGACUGGUGCCGGGGCAUGGACGUGAACGCCCAGAGAGCCCUGCUGGUCUGGGGGAUCCCGGUGAACUGCGACGAGGCUGAAAUCGAAGAGACCCUCCAGGCCGCGAUGCCCCAGGUGCCCUAUCGCGUGCUGGGGAGGAUGUUCUGGAGGGAAGAGAACGCGAAAGCAGCCCUGCUGGAGCUCACGGGCGCCGUGGAUUACGCGGCCAUCCCCAGGGAGAUGCCGGGGAAAGGCGGGGUCUGGAAGGUGGUCUUUAAGCCCCCGACCUCCGAUGCCGAGUUUUUGGAAAGGCUGCACCUCUUCCUAGCGAGGGAGGGCUGGACCGUGCAAGAUGUUGCCCGCGUCCUUGGGUUUCAGACCCCCGCCCCGGCCCCGGGCCCAGAUAUGCCAGCAGAGAUGCUGAACUAUAUUCUGGAUAAUGUAAUUCAGCCUCUGGUGGAGUCCAUUUGGUACAAGAAGCUGACGGUGUUCUCGGGGCGGGACAUCCCGGGGCCCGGGGAGGAGACCUUUGAUUCCUGGCUGGAGCACACGAAUGAGGUCAUUGGGGAGUGGCAGGUGUCCGACAUAGAGAAGCGGCGGCGGCUGAUGGAGAGCCUCAGAGGCCCUGCCGCCGACGUCAUCCGCAUCCUCAAAACCAACAAUCCUGCCAUAACCACCGCCGAGUGCCUCAAGGCGCUUGAGCAGGUGUUUGGGAGCGUCGAGAGUUCUAGGGAUGCGCAGGUCAGGUUUCUGAACACGUACCAGAACCCGGGAGAAAAGUUAUCGGCUUAUGUCAUUCGUCUGGAGCCUCUGCUGCAGAAGGUGGUGGAGAAGGGGGCCAUAGAUAAGGAUAACGUGAACCAGGCCCGCCUGGAGCAGGUCAUUGCCGGCGCCAACCACAGCGGGGCCAUUCGAAGGCAGCUGUGGCUGACCGGGGCUGCGGAAGGGCCGGCUCCUAACCUCUUUCAGCUGCUGGUGCAGAUCCGCGAGGAGGAGGCCAAGGAGGAGGAGGAGGAGGCUGAGGCUGCCCUCCUGCAGUUAGGCCUGGAGGGGCACUUCUGAGACCCGGGAAAGGGAGUUUUAGUGCAGACCUAGGUAACAGCUUCUUUGUGCUGUCUUAUAGGUGUGUCUCUUAGUCAAGUCCUGUUUUGGGGGGGAAGUCAGGCCUGCAUAUUCAUGUAACAUUAGUAAAAUUGUGCCAGGGAGUACCCUGAGCUGCUACCAGUGUCAUGCUAGCAUGCUGAAAUGCCAGGUAAAGGCUUGGACACAGGUGCUCAGUGCAAGCUGUCAUCUUGACAUCAGUUGUGAAAAAUGUGAAACUUGUGAGACUUCUCAUCAAGAUACCUAAAUGUGAAAUUGCAUGUUCAGUUGUUUAGUUCAGAGCCUGGCUAACACAAGAAGUGUUCAGUAAAAAUAUGAACUGUUGUUAUUAAUAACGUGAAUAGUUUUUCUGUUUAUUGCAAAUUGUUCCUGAUUUAUAUUGAUGGGAAGAAACGUGAAUUAGAUAUUCUUAGUGAUUCAGCUUUACAGUGCUAAUUUCUUACUUUUCAUCUGUAAACAUCAGGAUCAAUUUAAUUGGAAAGUAUCCUGAGACUACAAAAUAGGGUAUUAGAAAAGUACAAUUAUAGAGCUGUGUAAAUUAAAAUUUUCACUGUACAAGAUAUAAAUUGCAUGGGGAGGUUAAUAUGAACCAGUUACAGUAUCCAUUCCCCCAUUUCAAAUCUUUGUCAUUGAUUUGUAUUUCUCUUUACUUGUGCUGGUUCUAAGUGUUCUAAGUUUGAAGUUAUCAAAUACAUGUAUACAAAUAAAAAUAUU